UCGAAACUGGCGCGCGCACGAAUAUUUUUCCUUAAUUAUUGCCGGAUGCAAAAAGGAACACACAAACACGAAAAUGUAAAACGGGGAAGUUUCCGGCGCAUAAAUUGACUCUGUCAUUAUUCCAAACAACGUCUCAUUGUAUUAGUACGUUAUGUUUCCUUGCAAAUAUUGAGAUACUACUAGCGUUAUAUUCAACAAGCCCAAUAAUAUCUUAUAUUCCAUAUCAACAGGAAAAUUAUCGCUGUGCAAACCCACUGGGCAGGUGAUAAAAUAACACUCUUAGCUACGUCACCGCACUUGACAAGUAAAAAAAAAACAGAAUCAUCUGGAGCUCGAUUGAGAUUGAGAAUCGAGUUUGCAAUAAUACCUCUAAAUUACAGCAGCGCGGAUAUCUUCAAUAAUGAAGUGUAAUACUGCUUCCAAUCUUUAAAUUUGCCAUCCGUGAAUCGCCAGAUGUCAUGAAGGAAUCGCUUUCUGGACAGCUAGCUUUGAGGACGGACGCUCUUGUUUGGACAGAAACAGUUUUGUUAGCUGUUAUCAAUGUUGUGGCCUUCUUUGGCAAUCUUCUAACUUGCUAUGCCGUGUACAGAAACCAAAGGCUUCGUACGCUUCCCAACAUGUUCGUGAUAGCACUUGGUGUAAGCGAUGUUCUCAUGUCCAUCUUCUGUAUGCCUUUUUCAGUUGUAACUCUGUUUCGCGGCCGCUGGAUGUUUGGGGAGAGUUUUUGUCGCUUUGACGGUUUUGCAGCAUUGACAUUUGCACUGGCUUCUCUUCAGACUAUGGGAUUAAUCGCAGUUAGUCGAUAUUUCUGCGUUGUCAAACCAGAAAGGUACGCUGUGUUGUUCAAAAAACAAAGAGCUUUGCUGUACAUUGCUGUUGUUUGGUGCAUAGCUCUGGUUGGAUCUGUACCUCCAUUCUUCAUGAAGAACGCUGGAUUUGAAUUCCAGCCUGGUAAAGCCAUGUGCUUGUUCACAUUUGAACGCAGUAUUGCUUACGCUGUCUUUCUUGGGUCCGUUUAUAUUGCAGCACCCUUAACAGUAAUUAAAAUCUGCUACGCCAAAGUGUUCUACUCAGUGUCGCGAUCAAACCGAGUUUUCUCGCUCCAAAACAACCUGCAUCAACUCAGAGCGAACGUGGAGGAAGCAAAAGUGACCAAGACUUUAGCAGCAGUAGUAGUCGGUUUUUCUUGUUGUUGGCUUCCUAUUGGUGUAAUGGAUUACAUGGAUGUCGCACAAGGGAAACUCACCUUUCCGCGACAGGCUUACCUUACAUACGGGUUCUUGCUAUAUCUUAGUAGCACGAUAAACCCCUUCAUAUAUGCAGGAACAAAUAAGCAGUUCAGGCGAGAGUUCAAAUCCGUUUUGAGUCAGAUUCUGUGCUUUUGGUGGCAAACCAAUCACCAAAAUUAACAUAAAGCAAAGCCUCUCAGCUGUUUUUUACAGGUUCGGAGGGGUUAUGAAAGAAACUCAGUUGAGCGCAUAGCAUUACAUAAACGUUUGUUUCCUAAUUAACUUUUGCAAACUCACCGAUGUACUCUGAAAUGUAUCUGCGGGUAAAUCAACUGGGCCAAAAGAUGAAGUUAUAACCUUUUUAUUCACACCCAAAUCCAGUUCUCUACAUGUACGGGUGGAGCGGUGAAAUUAAAUUAUGGAAACGACCAUUUCAAUAUUAUCAGGAAAUUCCGGCUUCGAUGCGUAAAUGGAAAACGAACUACAGCCAGGGGAAAAGCAACUUCUGAAAAGAUUGUUCCGUUUACCAGUUUGGCUAUUACUAACAGAAAUUCUUAUUUCAUGUAACAUCAACGAUGACUGGCGCCUUUCUCUGUUCUUUCGGAACGGAAAUUUCUAACCAAAAUUUCCAGAAUUUCGUUCUAAAUAGGAAUCAGCCACUGUUACGUAAUGUUUAAGUUUGUCCAUAUUMUAAUCCAUUUUAACCGUUGCCAGCGUGACGGGUUCUCGCUUCGUACGUGGUAAGUUCCUGUCAAUCAAGUUUCCAGUCAUCAUUUUGCCGUUACUGGGCAGAUUUGGUUUCCACUAGAGCAACGAAGAAAACGCAAAUGGUAACUUGCACUUUUUAUAGCAAGAUUUUGCUCAACAAUGUUUGCUUUAUCAGCGUAAGUGCUUCAAAAGAAUCAAUUCUGAAUAUUGAAAGAGCAAGGCAUGAUUAAUUAUUCUAAGAAUGUGGGGACUCAUUAACGCUUUUUCUAUACACGGACAUUUUGCAGUUUCUGAAAGCCAAUAUUUCCUUCAAUAUGAGACCCAAAGAGAGAACUUUCACCAUUACUAAUUGUCACAUGCUCUUUAAUUGGAAAUGGAAACAAUUCGCAUUUAGCUUAAUGCGUCUAUACGGAAAAUAUUAUACAUGUAAAA